AUGUCCACACCUCUCCCUAGUGAUGAAACUGCAACGCAGGCUUCCAAAAGCGCUUUGCGGCAGCACAUCGAAAGCACUGGCAAUCCUAGUCAUGCCGACCAGUUAGAUUCGUCAGAUUUUCCCGAGGGUGGUGUAACAGCUUGGGGCACAGCGCUAGGAGCCUUUUUGAUACAAUUCUGUGGUGCCGGAUAUACCACCUCCUACGGCGUCUUCCAGGACUUUUAUACUCAAACCUACCUGACAAAUUCUACACCAUCUGAAAUCGCUGUUUCUGACUUACAGUGGUAUAGCUGGAUAGGAAGUGUUAAUGCGUUUUUGACAUUCUCAGUCGGUCUCUUGUCAGGAAGGUUGCUUGACCGGGGUGCAUUCUAUCAUGUGAUGAAAAUCGGCUGUUUCCUCCAGUGUCUCUUCCUCUUUAUGCUGUCACUAGCGAAACCGAAUGGAUAUUAUCAAGCAAGUCUGAUUUUCCUUUCUCAAGGUAUCGGUUCCGGGUUUGCAAUAGGCCUUACGAAUGUUCCCUCAAUCGCCGUGGUGUCUCAUCACUUCCAGCGACGUAGAGCUUUCGUGAUGGGAUUAGUCGUUGCAGGGGUGUCGAUGGGUUCAAUCUUGCACCCAAUUAUGCUCAAUAACCUUAUCAAUGGAAGACUUGGCUUUGCAAAUGGUGUCCGUGCUAGUGCGGCCAUGAUUGGCAGUCUGCUUCUCAUAGCAUAUUUCCUGAUGCACACAAGGCUUCCACCGCAACCCAAGGCCGUUAGCUACACUCGUGUUUUACAAAACUCGUCGAGAGAUUAUGCUUAUAUUUGUGCGUGUUUAGGGAUCGCUGCUUUCGAAGUCGGAUUCUUUUUCGUGGCAUUUUAUCUCCAAUUAGACUCCCGUUUGCACGGUGUAAGCAAAGAAUUUUCGUUUUAUUCGCUUACAAUUUCCAAUACUAGUUCUUUCAUCGGAAGACUUGCCACUGGUGCUGUAACUGCCUACGUGGGCAUCCCGAAUACGAUCAUCGGCUGCUCAUUCAUAUCAUCCGCUAUAAUAUUUUCAAUGAUCGGCUUGCGCUCGUUGGUCAGUGUGGCACUGAUAGGUAUUAGCUAUGGUUUUUUUUCUGGAGCUACCGUAGGAUUAAUUGGCCCGUUGACAUCAUAUCUGACUCCUGAAAUCUCAGAUAUUGGCGCGCGAAUGGGAAUAUCGUUCACAAUGACUGGUAAGUCCGUGGGUUCUCCGAUUUGCGGAGCUGCCCUGACCUCGCAUUACAUCUGGUGGAGGCCUGUUGUCUUAGCUGGGGUAAGCGAAUCAUGUGAAAUAACGUUUUUUGGUUUCUGGCUGACAAGCUAUCUAGAGCCUCGCGGCUAG